AUGUCCUACGAAGAUAAAAGCAGGCUUACGAAGUUCACAGAACGCCCGAGUACCUCAAACUCCAUAAUAAAAAUGUGGGUUCUACUAGAGGGUGAUCCGAAUCCCGAUAAGUUGGAGGCUGACAUAUCUCAAGUCACGGACUUGGCUGAUUUCAAACGUAUUCUCAAGAACGAGUUCGAACCGUUAAAAAAUGUCAGACCGCAAAAUAUCGUAUUUUUAGAUAGCAAUAAGCAACCUCUUCGACCGGGCAUCGAACUCAAAUCCCUGUCAGAAAAUUCAACAGACAUAAACCCACUAAUUGUUCGUUAUCCACUUUCGGAUGCAAAUGUUGUAGUAAAUUACACGUUUGGACAUAAACCGGGUAAAUGUAAGAUGCAACAUACAACUGGUUCCUUAAGUUCGUUACGAGAAGCCGUCGUAGAAAAAUUCAACGA